GAGUGUGAUCUGUUGUUAGAUCCUUGUGAUCUGUUGUUAAAACAUGUAGGGGAGCAGAACAAAUGAGGUGAGUAGUUUGUGACUCGAAAACAGUGUGAGAAUAAGCAAAGUGGGAGAAGGACAGUCUGAAGCAAGAAGAUCAUUUUCAAGAGCACCUGACAGUGAAACAGAUUCUCAUUGGUAGUAGCUGAGGGCUGUCACGCCAGAGAUUUAAGAGCAGGUUAGGCAAGCUGUUGUGGGAGUCAGGAUUAGAUACCUUGGGAACUGGUAAUAGGAUAUGAAACCUUUUAUCCAUAGGUCAGUGUUUUGUUAAAGGUCCAGCUCAGCAGAAACUGUCCCUGGCAUCUGAUGGCUCCUUGCCUGUUUGAUAUCAGUACUUGAAUUUCACUCGGUUCCUUGUGAGAGCGCAAGAGCAACUUUCGUGAAAUGGCUGCUUAUGCCACUUUGCCCUUCCUUUGGCCUUGUCACAGAUGAAGGAUUAAAGGGACCAUGAGUACAGUCUCUUAUCUCUUUGAGCAUAGUAACUCCAGACUUUUGUUGAUGUGGCACUGUGGGAGAAGCUUACACUGCUGCUUCUGUGUAGGCGAUGGCAAGUGUGUGAUCUGUGACUCGUACGUGCGGCCCUGCACCCUGGUGCGCAUCUGUGACGAGUGCAACUACGGCUCCUACCAGGGCCGCUGCGUCAUCUGCGGGGGGCCCGGCGUGUCCGACGCCUACUACUGCAAGGAGUGCACCAUCCAGGAGAAGGAUAGAGAUGGUUGCCCUAAGAUUGUCAACCUGGGCAGUUCCAAGACAGAUCUUUUCUAUGAAAGGAAAAAGUAUGGCUUCAAGAAGAGGUGAUCCUAUUCGUACAUGGCUACCUCCUGUUGGGUUGGCAAGAGGGCCUUGGAACAUCUCUGGACUUCACUCUUAUUGAAAACUUGUUGAUUAUUUUUUUUCUAAAGCAAUACAAAUUCAGUAAUAUACUUAGGGUUGGAGAAAUAACACACUGAGUGGGGACUGAAACCUGAUGAGAACCAGUAAUGAGAGGGCAAAUGAAGAUUACUGUCUCUUCCCUUUGCAGAAGCUCUGCUAGUAGUUGCCCCAGCUCUAUACAAAGCAGAGUGGGCAAGCACUUACGCAUAGAAGGAGCCAUGUAAAAAUGGAAAGUGCUGUUUUUAGUGUGGAGAAACACCUUGAGGCUCUUCUUACUGGGCCUCCUCUCAAUUUUUUGAAAUUGCCCCAUCCAUCAGUGUUGAAGAACAAAACACCAAUCCGCUCCCCUCCUCCCUUCCUCCGGUAUAUUUCCAUGCUGCCCUGUUUUGUAAGGAAUCUGCUCUUGUCUGGUACCUUCCUAGGGAGAGCACAGCUGUUCCAUGUUUACUUUGACAGAUAAAUCCAAGGCCGUUUCUUGUAACCAUUCCUGUAGGAUGCAUACCAAUAAAGCUUUUCCUUUCGGGUUUUUAUUUUUGGUACAA